AUGGUGCCAACCUCAUCUUUCCAUACUCUUUCUGAGGAUGGAGCCCCGACGCCCGAAAGUGACACCCUGGGUUCUUAUCAGUAUGUAAAAUCUUCAACCACCACAACCCGUACCCGCGAACGGCUUCGGAACGCGGAGGACGAACUGAAAAGGUUACGUUAUAACUUGGAAUUGCAAAUGGCGAUUGCAUCUGAUUCACGGCACCAUGUCGAGAGCCUUCAUUAUGAACGCCCUUUAGCAUUUUUGCCUACCAUGCCGGAUGUUGACGAACGCAUUCGUGAACUUAAAUUCAACGAACUCCAAGCAAAGCGUGAAGCUCCCCGACGGUCCAAUGCAGGAUUGUUCAAGGCUAUUUGUUCCACCGACCUGUUGUUCUUGAUUGAUACCACGGGCUCCAUGUCGCCUUACAUCGAGGCUGCCAAAAAGCAAGUCAGAAGUAUCGUCAAUGAUAUCAAGGCGACAUUCCUUGACGAAGCCGACGUCCGUAUGGCUAUAGUAGGUUAUAAAGACCACUGCGACUCGCCAAAUAUACAGUUCCUCGACUUUACUUCUUCAGCUGAUCAAGUACUCUCCUUCCUUCACAUUCUACGAGCUACUGGCGGCGCCGACGCCCCCGAGGAUGUCCUCGGUGGGCUUCACAAAGCGCUUAAUGCGAAUUGGAAGUAUAAAAGUAAAUGUAUUGUACACAUUGCCGAUGCACCACCGCAUGGGCGAACGUCGCAUAACCUUGGGGAUCAGGCGGAUAAUUAUCCUAACCCGGGCAGCGAACCACACGGCCUUCAGCUCGCACCUCUCAUUGACCUCAUGAUCCAGCGCCAAAUCAACUACUCCUUGCUUCGCAUUAAUCAUUCAACAGAUCUUAUGGCGUAUAAAAUAUUCAAAGCGUACGCCGCAGCUUCUGCAGACUGCACUUUGCUCCCGACCAACACAUACUAUGAUAAAACCAAUAGCUAUAGUAGCGGCCCAAAGCGCAGUCUCAGAGGCGGGUUACUGAUGCAUGAAGCUGAGUUGGGAGCUACUUAUGCUGCUUUACGAAAUCUAGUCGUUCGAACCGUUACUUCCGCUGUUACCGGCACUGCGGCUCGUUAUCUGUCCCGAGCAAACAAGCCAGACUCAAAGCUCGCAAUAAUAGAAGAGGAUGAAGACUCUGUGCCCCAAGUAGAGGACUCUUCGCCACAAUGGAACACACCAAACUGGUUUGACGAGACAAUCUCACUCAAUGGCUUCUGCCCCGAUGUCACAGUACACGGCGCACAUACUCUCGACAACAUGAUGGCGCACGACGACCACAUCACUAUGAGCGUAUUAGACCUCACGAUUCAUAAAAGACGACAGCCGUUUGCCCAAGGCGGGUUGCGUUUGGCAUCUUAUGCACGAACGGCAGCUUCGACUAAUCGCUAUGUGGUCAAGUCAUCCAAGCGGGAUAGCUCACAGUUGGCGGAAUUAGUUGAGGGCAUGCGGUGCCAGGCUUUGUGCAAGUUAUUUGCCCUCGAAUUCAACGCAUUACUAGGAAACCAACAUUCAAUCGACUUUAUUGUGACAGCGUGCUUCAAAGGGAAAUCGGAAGAGAGCCCCGGAGAUACAUGUAUAUCCCUCGAGCCCUUUAUCGAAGGCAAUUAUGUUAAGUAUAACAACAACGCCGGCUAUGUCAACGAGGACAUCACCGAUGAGUCCAAUAGAGCUGCGCAAGCCUUCUCACACUUUACUUUUGAGCGUUCACGGGGGCGCUUUUUGGUAUGUGACCUGCAAGGCGUUGGCGAACUAUUGACAGACCCUGUUGUCCACACUUCUGACCCCGAUCGAUUUUUGCUCUCUCCGACAAAUUUUGGCGAGGAAGGUUUUAAAUUUUUCUUCGCUUCCCAUAAAUGCAAUGACGUUUGUUCCCAACUAGGGCUCAUGAGUACGGCCUCAACAUUUAUGUCAGGAACAUGUGUUUUCAAAGAGAGUUGGCCUAGCUUGGCUGAGACGGUAUGCUGUUCAAACAAGCUUUGUGGUAAGAUUUUGCAUCGAGCUAGCGGUAAGAUAUUAGGAAAUCUGCCAGGGUAUAUCUGGUGCGACUUAUGCUGGCCACAAUUGGAAGGAACUGUCGUAAAUAUACGAUGCACCGCGGCCGCUCCCACCCCAUACCACGAAUUUGCAGCGUCUAAAUUCUUCUAUGAGUCGCAGGGACGUGCCACGCCGCGUAGAUGCUUUAAGCACCGUGAAGAGGUUAGGGCAAGGGCGAAAGCCGGAAAAAAUGGUGUCGCAGCCGCUUGUAUCACUGUAGCGGAUGAAAAACUUUGGGGCACACUAAAACCCGCAACUGGGAAAAGUGUAGACGAAUAG